AUAGUGAACCAGUUUCUACAAUCGUAUAUAGGUACAUUACUUAAUUAUUUUAUUAAUAUAUAGAAUUCGUCGCUCCUCAUACAUUGUUUAGUAUUUUGGUGUCUUUCGUGUCAAACCAGCGUACAGAAAACUAUCUCAGUAAACAUGGCAAUGCGUGUGUUGAUCCAAAGUCAGGGCGUGAAGCAAUUCGCAAAAUGCGGCGAAAUGUUGGUCAUGACGCGCUCCAUGAGCACCCAAAAGGGCAAAAACAUCGGUUUCAUCGGCUUGGGACAAAUGGGAGCUCCGAUGGCAAGCAAUUUAAUGAAAAAGGGUCAUCAAUUACACGUGUACGAUGUCUCGCCGAAAGCUGCUGACGGUUUGAAAGCUGGCGGCGCAAAAGUUUACACAGAUACAAAGGAUUUGGCAAAGAACAGCGAUUUCGUGUUCACAAUGUUGCCAAAUGGAAACAUCGUGAAGGAUUGCUACAAAGAAAUGGUCGAUGGAAGUGCCCCAAAACACACAAUGUUCGUUGAUUCGUCGACGAUUGGACCUGAAGCAGCUCAAGACGUACAAAAGCUCAUCAACGAACGCGGAUACAAAUUUGUCGAUGCCCCUGUCAGCGGAGGAGUACCCGGAGCUAUUAACGGCACCUUAACCUUCAUGGUUGGCGGCAAAGUCGAAGAAUUCAAUCAAGUUAAAGACGUUUUGCAAGAUAUGGGAGGCAAAAUUACGCAUUGCGGCGACUACGGAAUGGGUCAAGCUGCUAAACUCGCAAAUAACAUGAUGUUGGCUAUCUCCAUGGUAGGUCUUGCUGAAACAAUGAACUUGGCAAUUCGUUUGGGAUUGGAUCCGAAGACCUUUGCUGAUAUCGUUAACUCGAGUACAGGACGUUCAUGGGCUUCUGAAGUGUAUUCGCCCGUGCCAAAUUUGUGUCCCAACUCUCCCGCGAACAAUAAUUACGCUGGCGGCUUUUCUACAGGACUCAUCACGAAAGAUCUUGGCUUGGCAAGCAACUGCGCUGUCAGCUCAAAUACUCCAAUUGCCCUUGGAUCGCUCGCACAUCAAGUUUAUCGUACGUUGUGCGCAAAGGGAUUAGCUGAUAAGGAUUUCGGCGUCAUUUAUGACUUCAUGAAGAACGAUAAGAACUAAAAAUUCGCCAUUUUUUGCACUACAGUGACCUUCAAUGCAUUUUUUAUAAGAUUUUUAUCCGGAAUUUUUUUGAAUAAACCCUCGAUACGUAAU